AUGACCAUGAACGAGACCAUUCGUAUCAUCGGCAUGCUCAGGGCCUCUGCUGCUCAGAACGCUGACCAGGCCAAGCUCAAGGAGCGUGAAGCUUUCUUCGCCUCGGCCAACGAGUCUCGCAAGAAGCUUAGGACUGUAGCAGCUGCCCGCAAGUCCACCUCCGUCUCUCUUCUUGAAGACCUCAUCUACGCGACCAAGCACGGUGUACCCUACUCCAACGAGUCUCUGACGUACGAGUCCAGGGUCGCCAUUGACCGCAUCCUCGUCACCCUCAACAAGGCCAUUCCCCGUGAGACCAUCCUCCUCAUCAGUAGCAACCUCGGUAUCCCCAUCACAUCUUCCGCCAUGGCUGGUCGCUUCCCGGUGCUCAGCACCUCUGACCUCCCAAAGGCAUCGGCUGAAGAGCAGUCGGCCACGGCUUCGCCUGCGCGCGGUACCGCCAUGCUCAACAACAUCUUCAAGUCGGUCCGAGUACCCGAAUUCCGCUUCAAGUGGAUGUUCUGGGCAGAGAAGGGUCAGCAAGCCGCGCCCAAGGACAAGGCGGCUUCAGAAGAGUACCUCACCCGCCCCAAGCCGCUAGGAGAUCAGAUCGUCUCCGUCAAGGAGUUCUAUCAGCACUUCAACAACAUUCCGGUGGAAAACCUGAAGCUGCGAGACUCAAUACACCUCUUCCACCUGGGUGUGAAGCCGGUCUGGGAAGACCCGCGGAACACGCGCGGCGGCGCAUGGUACUUCAAGGUCAGCAAGGACGUAGCGGCGCAAUUCUGGCACGAGAUGUGCCUGCUUGCGGUUGGUGACGUUUUGCAGGGGGCUGUCGAAACGAAGCGUGCCUCCUUCAACGACGACAUCUGCGGGAUCUCGUACAGCGUUCGCUGGAACGCUGUACAGAUCGCCGUCUGGAACCGGGACGCGGAGAACGAGGAUGGCUGUCAGAAGCUUCUGGCGGUCAUCCUGGACAAGCUGUCAGAGGAGCUCCGGCCGAAGAAGGAGGACAGCUACUGGUACAAGGCGCACAAGGAGCACAAGGGCUUUAUUGAGCAGUAG